AUGCGAGAGCAAACGAAAUCAGCGGUGCUGCACAGGGACCUUGGCUAUGAGUUUCUACAUUUGGCAAAGGGGGAGGGAAAAUACCUGGUGCUUGAGGAUGGGAGGAGGGUUUUUGACGCUUCCGGAGGUGCUAGCGUCGGGUGUAUUGGCUGGGGAAACGAGCGGGUAGUGGGCGCUGUCACGAAGCAGAUGAUGGCAAUCCCAUAUUGUUCAACUGUCUUCUACACGACAAAGGUCCAGGAGGAGCUCUGCCGUUUUCUAGUGGACUCGACCCACGGUAAUAUGGGGCGCGCCUACAUCGUCAACUCAGGUUCCGAAGCAAUGGAAGCGGCGGUCAAGCUGGCUAGGCAGUACUUUCUCGAACUUAGUCCACCACAACCCCAGAGGAACCGCUUUAUUUCUCGAAAACAGUCAUACCACGGCAUCACCCUCGGUGCAUUAGCAGUUGGGGGCCAUGAACAUAGGCGAGAAAAGUUCGAGCCUCUUUUGAUGAAGAACGUCUCCAGGGUGUCACCUUGCAACAGUUUCCGUGGAAAGAAACAUGGCGAGACUGAUAAUGAGUACGUGGCGCGGCUGGCACAAGAGUUGGACGACGAGUUUGAAGCGGUCGGGCCCGAUACGGUGUGCGCAUUCGUUGCCGAGCCUGUUGUGGGCGCUGCGCUUGGGUGUGUUCCCGCGGUCGCUGGGUACUUUCGGGCCAUGCAGGCUGUCUGCCAGAAAUAUGGCGCCCUCCUUAUCCUCGACGAAGUGAUGUGCGGCAUGGGCAGGUCUGGUACACUCCACGCAUGGGAGCAAGAAGGGGUGGUCCCUGACCUUCAAACAAUCGGCAAAGCGCUAGGUGGCGGUUACCAACCGGUAGCGGGAGUACUCGCACACCGGAAGGUCGUGAAUGUGCUCGAAAAGGGGAGCUCAGUGUUUGUCCACGGGCACACUUAUCAAGGCCAUCCGGCUGGGUGCGCGGCCGCUUUCGAAGUCCAGAAGAUAAUUCAAGACGAGAGUCUCCUAGCGAAUGUCCGGAAAAUGGGCGAGCGUCUUUCCAUUCGGUUGCAAGAAAGAAUCGGGGCACAUCCUAACGUGGGCAACAUCCGGGGCCGCGGCCUUUUCUGGGGCGUCGAGUUUGUCGCCGACAAGAAGACCAUGGAGCCUUUUCCGGCCGAGGAUCGUAUCGCGUUGGCCAUCUCCGAGCGCGGCUUGGAUGACAAGUACCGUAUCGGCGUGUAUCCCGGCGCUGGAUCGGCCGAUGGCAUCCGUGGCGACCACGUUAUCAUCUCGCCCGCCUUCAACAUAAAUUCUGACGAGGUCGAGUGGGUUGUUGAAUCUUUCGGGUGGCUUGCCAGAGCCGAAGUCGAUGUCCUCAACUCGCGUCUAGAAAAGACAACGCAAUUGACCAAGAAGAUCCAGGCAUGUCUCGGCAGGCUCGAGGCAACGGGGAAAAGCGUCCGCGAUGUGGCGGGGCCAUUGAACGGGGAAACAAAGAAGUUGCAGAUUCUUGGGAACAACAUCGAAUCGGUUCUCGCCGCUAUCGAACGCCUACGCCAGCCAGCCGACAGCAAAAAUGAUGAGGAGCAGAUUAUCCGAAUGGGCCCUGACAAAGCCGGCUUGCCCAACUACUUGGCAUCUAUCAAACGUCUAAACAAAGCCCUCAACGAUAUGAAGGCCUCGAACCUCCGCUCGACUCAGCAGACAGUCACCGAACUCCAACGGCUCGUGAAACUAGGAAACACCCAGCUCGAGAACUCGUUCGACAAACUUUUACGGAACGAGACACCAAGGUCGAUUGAGCCCCUCCACUUUAUUACAAAGAACAAGCCCUUCCCUGUGCUGUCGCAAGACAAGUUCGCGAGGCUGGGCUUGAUCAACUCCUUUGUUGCGGGGGUAUACCGCCAAGGCGGCGGCGGAGCGCCCCAAGACUCACCAAUAGCGAAGAUAUACAUUGAAAUUCGGUCGCAAUAUCUGUCCUCAGGCCUGGUAAAUCUGGCCGCCGCAAGCACCAGCACAGCCAAAAAGAAGAACCCAGACGCCAUCUACCGGGCGGGGAUGAACGGGAUAGGAACAUAUGCGCAGGCGAUGGAGGGCUUAUUUGUAGCAGAGUACGAGAACGUCUGCAACAUUUUCACCCGGGAAGAUUGGGGGCCUGUGUUCGAAGCGACAUGUCAGCCGUCGCUGGUCGAAUUGGGGAGGACCUUGCGGGAGUUGAACGGGCAUAUUAAGGCGCAUAUGUCAACUGACUGCUACAUGGCAUAUGAGAUUGUCGAGAUCAUCUCCGAGCUGUCGAACGACCUGGAACGAAGGACGGGCGAACUCAAGAAUCCGCUGGCGGCCUCACUGAAACCUAUUCGAGAAACCGCUAAAUCUUCCUUGUUCGAACUUCUUGAGGACACCAAGAGGAGAAUCAACAGCUUACAGACACUGUCUUUGGAUGGGUCCCCGGUCUCGAUCGUUUCGGAGGCCAUGCAGCGGCUCCAAACCAUGGUGGAGUUUCUCCGGCCGAUAUCGAGCAUCAUGGUCUCCCUUGGGGACGGCGGAUGGAAGUCGGCCUCUGCUUCCAGAAGUGGCGAUGCCGCUCCCAGUCUGGCAUCCUUUGAUAUUGGAGCUGAUGGCAAAGAGAUCUUUGCGCACUACUGUAUAGACACGAUUGAGGCGCUCAUGUCGUGUCUCGACGCUCGCGGACGGCUACUCCUACAGAAAAAGCCUGUCAUGGGCGUAUUUCUCGCCAACAACGUGUCCAUCAUCGAACGCAUGAUCCAGUCCUCAGAACUCGCUUCACUACUUGAAUCCCGUCUCGGGCCCCUCGAUUCGUGGCGCAAGAAGGCGGCUAGUCUAUACACUGACACGUGCAAAGAUGUUAGCAUCCACCUCUUCGACGUCAUCCAUACUAGCCGUACGGGCGCCGGCGGCCGCCCGACUUCUGGUCAGGGCGGUGCCAUAGUGGUUGAUUCGGCGUCAAUCCUCAAGAGCCUGUCGUCGAAGGAUAAGGAGAGCAUCAAGGGCAAGUUUGCUAGCUUUAACGCCUCGUUCGACGACAUGGUGCUCCGUCACAAGGGCUAUUACAUGGAGCGAGAUGUCCGCCAAAUGUUUGCCAAGGACAUGCAGACCAUGAUUGAGCCGUUGUAUAACCGCUUCUGGGACCGUUACCAUGAGGUGGACAAGGGCAAGGGCAAAUACGUCAAGUACGACAAGUCGUCAAUCGCCGCUGUGUUCUUGACGUUGUAUUGA